AAAGUUAAUAGAAAUUUCACAAUUGAAUUUCUAGCGGGCUGUUACAAUAAGGAAGUUGUAAAACAUAAAUAUAGUUCUAAACUUGGGAGAGAAGAAGAUAAUUCUGUCAACAGUUGUUUAAAAUUAUUUUGUGGAGUUUUAUUUUUUAUUUAGCCACAUUGAAAACUUGGGAUUAGAAGCCUUUUUAAAAACCAUGACCAUUCAGGAAAAAUGAACCCAUUGCAAUUUGUCUCUUGCUUUCCAUACCAUCUUUUUUUGCUUUCUGAGGUUUUGUAAUUAUCUGCUCCUUAAGAAUUAAAUAUUUGGAUUGAAUUCUUUCAUCCUUGUUUAUUUGAAAAUUAGACAUCCUUUAUUGAGCCCCACCAACCUUUUAAGCCCGUUAAACUUUGGCCAGACUGGUCCCUUUUUUCCCGUAUUGAGAAGUGGACAAAGUUAUGAACUUUUUAAAACCCUUUUACAUCAAACGGCAAUAAUGCUUUCCUUUGGGAUUCAUAUCUUUUAAGUAUUUCAUAUCUUUUACGUGUCAUCAAUACAAUGAAUAUGGUGUAUACAAAAUCUAAAAUGAUCACCUCAUUAACCACACCCAGUUGCUUCUUAGACACUCUGUCUUUCACCUUCUCCUUCUCUUCUUUGAAGUAUUUGCUUCAGUUAAUAAGCUCCAUUCUUUAAGUUGGUUUGCAUUUUCUGUACAUAAGAAAACAUCAAUUCUCUCGGGACUGUUGGGCUUUUUAUAAGUACCAAGACACACAGAUUCUUUUAAUUAUUUUAUAAGUAUCAAUUCUCUCAGGACUGUUGGUUUAUGUGUUUCAGAGUAGUAUUUCACUAACUUCCCUUCAUUAAUGAAAUUUGAAAGUUAAAAACUAAUUAUACUGAACAGAAUACUUUCUAAACUUGCUGCUCUUCAUUAAAUUGUCAAAACUUGCUGCUCUUCACCAAUUAUUCCAUCAUUAUUCAACUGUUAUCCAAUUGUUUUAUGGGGGUUCAUCUUAGAAUGUCAAAAUCCACAUCAUCAAUAUCUUCAUCAUCUUUUCCCAAACGUAGUUUGGGAAAAGAAGUGUGCUUCUGCGAGCUGGAAGCCACAUUGAAAUGGUCAACUACUACAAAAAAUCCUAGAAGACCCUUCUUAAGGUGUUCAAAGUAUAAUACCCAGGUAACUACAUUAUUUGUUGCCUAAAAUAUUUUGCAACUGUAUAUGCAUUAAUAUAAUGUACAGUUCCUGUUAUUAAUAAAUGCAUGAAAUAUUUCUAAGCAAGGCUUACCAGAUUGUAAGUUUUUCAAGUGGUUGGAUGGUAAUGAUUCCUUGAAAUCCGUAACCAGAAUUCUGCAACAAAUUAUAAAAGCUCAUCAAUUAAACUGCUGCAAUUAAGGCACCUUAUUUUCGUAAUAGUUGCAAAAAAGACAACUUAUUAAGAAAAAAAUCCGCUACAAGUUAUCACUACCUGUAUGUUGAUUGGAUAUUGGUUACCAGCCGGAUAUGAUAGAAAAGUUGGUGACCACAUAGGCACUGGUCCAAAGUAACCAGCCAUGUAAGGUGGAAUGUUUUGCGUGGUUGAUGGUAUGACCUAACAUUAUUAGAUAAAGUUAUUGAUAUAUUUUCAAACAAGAAAUAUCAACAGUACCAAUGUUAUUGAAGUGCACAAUUAUAUAACAUACAUACCUCCGAUGGAGGAUUUGAGCUAGAUGAUGGACAUGUAGUUGGCUGUUCUUUCUCGUUUCCCAUGCUGGGAAAAUAUAAUAGAACUACAACCAGGAUUAAGUAAUUCAACAUAAAUAUGAACUUUGAAUGCUAUUUAAAGGCAUUUAAUCAAAUGAACUUUGAAUGCUAUUUAGCUAAUUUGUACUUGCUUAGAUUCUUCAUAAUUACUAGGGGCCAAAUCAAAACCAUCUUAACUAAUUAAUACGCGUUAAGUACUAAGGGCCAAAUAAACUUAUUCUAAUUUUUGCUCUACUUCGAUUUCAAUUCGAAUAUGGCCAUUCUCAUUAUUGAUGUCAUGAACUUGAACAAUGAAGAAGUGAGCCUAAGUGUCAGCUUGCGAGAUUAUGAGGAUUUCCUUUUUACUCAUAAUAAUGUAAGCAUGUUCCACUGAAUAUGGAGGCCAAUGAUAAUUAAUGGACAUCAUCAAUUCAUGUACAUAUGUACUAUUCCAGAACAUGCAUGUACAUGCAAAUACACAUAUGUAUAUGAAAUGAAUUGAAAUCCAAACAAACCCCAGCUCUCCCAGUCUUAACUCGCCAGUCUUACCAAUGCUCAAAAUUUAUCAUAACCCACUCUAAAAAAAAUGCUCAAAAUUUAUCAUAACCAAACACUACCAUAAUUAAUGAAAUUAAUCAUAAGUCUAGACCUAGAUAAGAUACUCAACCAUAUAAUAAUCUAUUAUUCGCAAAGGAGCUGGGCACUAGCAAGAGUCUUAAGAGGUCCUUCAAGGUGCAUGGCUUGCUUGGAGUUCAAAUAGCAAUUUCCUUUUUUGAUAUCUACAAUCUCAUUCAAUCAAAGUCCUCAACUCAGAAGGAAGUAGUCCCUCACUACAACAAUUUAUAUCUUUUAGGACCAAAAUUUUUAUAUUAAAAAGAUACUUUUUGUCUCAAGAAUUUCUAGAACUUGAAAAAAAAAAAAAAAAACGUUACAAAUUAAUCACAGAGCCUCAAACUUCCGUGACCCUCAAAUUCAUUACAAAUUCUAAGGAAAAGUCUAACAAUAAUGCUAGAUACAUCCCCGGUUAAAGUGCAGUUUACUGGAUGAGCUUUCUCCUUCCUGAAUCAAACGCAAGUACCAAAAAAAUAAACCCAAGCUACUGAAAAUAUUAAAAAAAAAAAAAACCCACUACUAAGCAAUAGAAAAUGCCCAAAAACAAAUAAAAACAAAGUUUAACACAGGAGAACAAAUAAACAAACCAGAAAAUGUGUAACAACAACUAAAAACCAGUUAAAACCGUUCUCUUACCCACAAAUGCAGAUGAAACAACAAGCUAAAAACCAGUUCUAGCUCCUCAACAACGUCUCUGCUUGGGGUUUUCAGAUCCUACACAGUUUUCUUCACCGUUCUCUUACUUACUCACAAAUACAGAUGACUGCACAGAGGAAUGAAGGGUUUAGCUCGUCGGCGAUUGGAGCUUCCGGUUCGGCGAUGGGAGCUUCCGGUUUGGCCUCUGCCCGCUUCUCUUCAAAAUCACCUCAAAAAUAUUCCUCCCGCGUUCUCUGCUUUCUUUAGCCUUUAUCUCUUUUUUUUUUCUCUUUUUUUUUUCCUAGCUGACGUGUCAGUCACGGGGACACGGCGGGGUUACGCCCUGGUGGUAUGUAGCAUUGUUGUAAAAGAAAAUGACAUCUUACCAACUCUUAAGCUGAGUUAUGAUCAACUUCCAUCACGAUUGAAACAAUGCUUUGCAUAUUGUAGUAUAUUUCCGAAGAAUUACGUGAUGGAAAAAUCAAAAUUGAUAAAUCUCUGGAUAGCACAGAUGUUUAUAAAGCCAUGUUAUCCACAUGAAUGUCUUGAAGAUGUUGGUCAUGAGUAUUUCAUGGAUUUAGUUUGGAGAUAUUUCUUUCAAGAAGUUGAAAGGGAUGAUCUAGGCAACGUGAUUACAGGUAAAAUGCAUGACCUCAUGCAUGAUCUCGCAAUAUCAGUGGCAGGAUCAUUGAUCGCCAAAGUAGAAUCUAAGGAAGAAACCAUUGGUAGUCUGGAACCUCGGCACAUAUCAGUUGUCAACAAUAUAGAUUUUUCCUUUGUAAUUCCAACUUCCUCAUCUACAGCCAGUAGGAUACGUACGCUUUUUUCAUAUGAUAAAUUUGGGGGUUUGUGAAGCAAUCUUUUCAAGUUUGAAGUCCUUGCGCGUGUUGGAUCUACAUGGAAAAGGAUUACAUAUAGUACUGAGUUCUAUAUGUAAGUUAAAGCAUUUAAGAUAUCUUGAUCUUUCAUGGAAUUAUCAAAUUGAGAAGCUACCCGAUUCGAUAACUAGGUUGCCAAAUUUGCAUACACUAAGACUUUCUUAUUGUAAUGGGCUUAAAGAAUUGCCUAGAGGAAUUACAAAAUUAGUGAACCUCAGGCAUCGUUACAAUGAUGGAUGUGAGAAUUUGACUUAUAUGCCACGUGGAUUGGGGCAAUUGACAGGUCUCCAAACAUUAUCUAAGUUUGUUGUCCACUUUGAUUCGGCCCCAAAGGAUGGUGGCCGGUUAAGUGAGCUGAACAGACUAUAUAGUAUAAGACUCGGAGAGUUGAAGAUUAGCGAAUUGAGGCAUGGGGAAGACGUCGCAAAGGAUGCAAAUCUAAAGAAGAAUGAACAUCUUCAGGUCUUGCGUUUACGUUGGAGCACAAAAAAUGUUGAUGCACAAGAUGAAAAGGCAUCGGAAGGCUUGGAACCUCUGCCAAAUCUUAAAAAACUGUAUAUAGAUUAUUAUGGGGGUGUGAGGGUUCCGAUGUGGCUUUUGUCACUAGCAAAUCUUAUUCACUUGAGUUUAGGGAAUUGUAGGAAAUUGAAAUAUUUGCAGCCAUCGAGUCGACUACGCUCUCUUAAGAGUCUUUAUCUGAAUUGCCCUGAUGAAAUGGAGUAUGUAUCAGAUUGUAGUGACAACAAUGACUUUUCUUCUUCUUCUUCGUCGGCUUUAAUUGAAUUCUUCCCAUCUCUGGAGGUAAUUAGACUCCAAUGGUGCCCCAAUCUCAAGGGUUGGUGGAGGACGAGUGAUUCUUCACUACUCCCUUCUUUUCCUCGUCUUUCAAAUUUAACAAUACGGGAGUCCCUAUGUUGACUUCAUUGCCAAUGUUUCCACAUCUGCAAGAAGACUUAUACCUAAGGAGUGCCAGCUGGAAACCAGUGCAACAAACAAUGAUGAAAAAUGUAAACCUGUCAACAACAGUGGAAGCCUCCUCCUCCUCCUCUAUACCCAUUGUCUUUUCAUCUGCUCCUCUCUCCAAAUUGAAAGAAAUACGCUUAAUGCAUAUUGGGGAUAUAGAAACAUUGCCAGAGGAUGGGUUGCAAAACCUCAUCUCUCAAGUUCUUGGAGAUAUCUGACUGCCCUAGAUUAAAGUCUCUCUCUCAAGGUAUACAAUAUCUCACUGCACUUCUCGAGCUGAAGCUUAUUGAUUGUCCCGUGCUUGAUCUAGGCAACGAUGAGCACGGGAUGCAAUGGAAAGGGCUUAAAAGCCUCAUCUCUUUGGAGUUUCAAAGUAAUCCGAAAUUGGUGUCUCUCCCGUUGGGGCUUCAACAUGUUACCACUCUACGACAGUUCCAAAUCUUAAAUUGUUCAAGCUUUAUAGCUAUACCAGAGUGGAUCUCCAAUUGGGCAUCACUUGAGGUGUUCACAAUUAAUGCAUGCUCUGGUUUAACAUCACUGCCCAAAGCAAUGGAAGGGCUAUCCUCUCUGAAAAUGUUGACAAUCUAUGAUUGCCCCAUCUUAGUACAAAGAUGCGAAAAGAGACAGGUGAGGAUUGGCACAAGAUUGCUCACAUCCGAAAGCGGAAUGUUUAUCGUUAUGGGAAUAUGAUCUAGCUUGACUGAUCCAGAAACGACUUUGAGUAAAGAAGGAACAGGGGAGAGGAAUUGAGAGUUUGUGAAAAAAUAUAACGUACUUCUACAGGAGAAUUGUAAGGAGGCGGAAGAAGAGUAAAGGAAAGAAAUAUAGGAGGGGGUAACGGAGGAGAUCCAGGACUGGAAUCCGGAGGCCACAAUGUUGAGGCUGUGUAAUUUCACGACAACAAUUUCAAUAAUGCCUGCAUGUUUCUUAGAGUUGAAAGUGAUGGGAUGAUUUGGUUUGCAUGUUGGAGCUCAUGUAUAUGAAGUUGAUCAUAGCUAUAUGAUGGAUGAUGCGACCAAUUGCUCUGAACUCCUUUAUUUGUGUAUGCUCUCCAAGUAAUAUUGGGAGAGAAAAUAUAGAGGGGAGACACCUUUCGGCAGUUGCCUACCCAGAAUAAUUGGUGUGUCCGGGUUGGGUUCACGGGAGAAUCGGCUGGCCAUGUCAGCCGAUAUAUCUAAAAAAAGAAAAGCACAAAAGGAGAGGGAAAGUGUGAAAUGAAACCAGGAAAGCAAAACGAAAUCAGAGGUUUCGCUCAGGAGAGUGCUGUUGCUCGGAGCACAAUCCAAACCCAGCCGAAGAAAGCCACCAAAUCUGGGCCGGUGGUUGUCGUCAUGGACUUUCUCGGAAGCUGAUGUGGACCAAGAUGGGAAGAUAGACAAGUCCGAGUGGCAUAACUUCGUUAUUAAGAAUCCAUCAUUAUUAAAGAUCAUGGCCCUCCCCUAUCUGAGGGGCAAAUGGGGGCAGCUGACGAGGAAGAUAAACAAAACCUUCUUAAUGGGGAUGUGAAGAAAAGCAAGAAGAAGCCUGAAGAAAUCAGCACGCAGAGCGAUAAGGAUAAUGUGGCUGGCUGUUGCCAGGGUGCUAAUGGAUUUAAUUGUUGCAGGGAUGGAAGUUUGGAGCAGAACAGUGUGAGUGAAGAAAAUAAGGCAGGGCAAACUAUCCAUUUCAAGUGAAAAUGAAGGAGAUCCUUGUUCCAAAUGUCAAGAUACCGCAGGGAUGAUUGCUCUCUUGCAUGCUAUGGUUUAAAGAUCGUGAGCUGCUAUAUUCCAUUAUAUGUCAUGGUUUAGAGGUGUGUUCCAAAAAGCUGGUCGGUGCUACAGUUUUGUGCCAAUCCCAACUUAUAUUCCUGGAUAUAAGUGGUUCAUGUGCGAGUUAAAGAGAUGUUGGAAGGAGGCAGCCUUUUCACUACCCAUCAAGAAGGCAAUAUGCAAGAGACUGGGAUGGAUUCCAGCUUCAUUGCUUUAGAAGAGCUGUUAGCCUAAAUUCCUCGCCAGGAAUAUUGUAUCUUCUCAUGCACUUUUCUGGUGCAUAGAAUGCUUCAUUUGGAAUAUUGGGAUGUUGUAAUCUAUUGGUUUACAAUAUUUUAUCUGGAUCUAAUUAGUUGGAAGAACAGUUCAUGUUUAACUGAAAAGGACAAAACUCUGAAGCUUCCAAAAUUGUGAAUUGGAAUAGAUAGAUGAUGUUCCUAGUACAGGUUCUUGGAUAAUAAAUAAUAUGGUUAUCUUUUCUUCAA